AUGUCGUUCAGUAAAAUUGUCGUGAACACACCACCUCCAUAUUUGUCGCUCUCGAAAGAUGAGCAUCUGCCAGUCGUUAUGACUGUAGCCGGGUCCGAUUGCAGCGGGGGUGCUGGUGUCGAGGCUGAUGUGAAGACCAUCAGUGCACACAGAUGCUACGCCAUGACCUGUGUGGCUGCCCUAACUAUUCAGACCCCUCUGGCAGUGUACGGUAUUCAAGACACCCCAGGAAAAGUCGUAUCUCAGAUUCUGGAUGUAAAUCUGAAAGACAUGAAGUGCGAUGUCAUCAAAACUGGUAUGCUGACCGUUGAUGUCAUUCAUGCUUUGAGUGAAAAAUUGCAAAGCAUUCCAGAUGCGCAAAGACCCAAGUUGGUCGUAGAUCCUGUUUUGGUGGCUACAGUGGGUUCUGCGUUGGCCUCAGAAGAUGUUGUGACCGUCAUUAAGAAAGAUUUGACCCCCAUGGCUGAUAUCAUAACACCAAAUAUCCCAGAAUGUUUCAAAUUGGUCGGGAAAACUUGCAAGAUUGAAAAGCUAGAGGACGUGUUCCAACUGGCUAAAGACGUUUCCAAAGAAUGCAACUGUGCAAACGUUUUGGUCAAAGGUGGGCAUAUUCCCUGGAGCGGGUCUGAGGACAGAUACAUCACUGAUGUGUUGUUGGUUGGCGCUGAAAAGAAGUUUAUCGUGUUCAAGGGACAUUUCACCGAAACCACGCAUACCCACGGUACCGGCUGUACGUUAGCCUCUGCGAUUGCUUCUAACGUUGCCCGCGGUUAUUCGAUCCCACAAUCAGUGUAUGGGGCCAUUGAAUACGUUCAAAACGCAGUUUCUAUUGGCUGCGAGGUCGCUCAAGACCACGUCAAGUCGAACGGUCCUAUCAACCAUGUGUAUGCAGUCGGAAUCCCAUUAGAGAGGAUGGUCGAAGACGAAUGUUUUUCCGCACACGAGAUUGUUGUCAAUGGCAACAACGGUAAAGUAAACCCCCAAAUUACCAAUGACCUGCCCUUGAUGAAGAAGGACUUUACAUCUUAUCUGGAAAAUCACCCAAAGGUUAAGCCACAUUGGGAGAGUUACGUCAAUCACGAGUUCGUGAAGAAGAUUGCUGACGGCACUUUAAAGCGUUCCAAGUUUCAGUUUUUUAUUGAACAAGACUAUGCGUACCUGGUAGAUUAUGCGAGAGUGCACUGUAUUGCCGCUAGUAAGGCCCCAUUGUUAUCCGACAUGGAGAAGGAACUCACCAUAGUUGGCGGAGUCAAAAAAGAGAUGGUCCAUCACAAGGAAAGAUUGAAGAGCGACUUCGGCGUCAAGGACGAUUCGUACUUCGACCACAUUAAGAGAGGGCCCGCUUUGAAGACGUACUCCAGAUACUUUGCGGAUGUUGCCGUGAGAGGCAACUGGGCAGAACUAGUAACCUCUUUAACUCCAUGCCUAAUGGGGUACGGUACCGCCUCGAAACUUGUCGAGAAGAAUAUCACAACGAAGGAUCCAAUGUACCUUGCUUGGCUAGACGUUUACAAUUCGGACGACUAUCAAAACGCUAUGGUCACUGGUAGAAAAAUGAUGAACGAGAUUGCCGCGACGUAUCCACCUGAACAAAUCGAGACUUUGAUCACCAUCUAUGCAGAAGUGUGUGAGUUGGAAACCAAAUUCUGGGAUGCUGCCCUAAACUACGAAUAA